AUGUUUCUGAAUGUGUUCGUUCUGCUACAUGCCCUGUCCAUGGCAUGCGGAACUGACUUUUCGCCUCUGUACAAGUUACAUGAAACAGUCACCAAAGGCUACAAUCCACACAUUCGACCUAUCAAAAACCCCAGACUGGCUACAAAUGUGACGGUGGAUUUUACGUUGUUUUCUGUGGAGGAGGUAAAUGAGGCCAGUGAAACUUUAACCUCGUUUGGGACUUUCAACAUCACGUGGUACGACGAGUGGUUCGUUUGGAACAUUUCAGAUCAUGCCAACAUUCAGAAAAUGUACUUGCCACUACAUCAAGUGUGGAAGCCAGAUCUGGUUGUGGCAAAUGCCGUUGAGGACUUUCGCUUUUUGUCAGAUACAGAAGGACUCGUGUCUGUCUCGAACACAGGAUUUGUCACCUGGUACCGGACGAUAAGACAGAUCACUAAAUGCUCCAUGGACAUGAGCAGGUUUCCCAUAGACAAACAGACGUGUAGCCUGCGUAUUUCUCAGUGGACAUCCAAUAGUAAUAAUGUGUUUGUGCAAGGUGGGUCAGUGAUGUCAGUGAUGUCAGACUACACUUCAUUUCAAAGUCGAGGGGAAUGGAUAGAAAGGGAAACGGGUACCAAAACAAAAACUCUUUUCCUCGGGGAAACAACAUGGAACGUAAUUUCGUUUACAUUUACCUUCCAACGGAAGCCCCUGCACUUUGUGAUCACAAGUGUCCUGCCUGUCUUUCUGCUGUCGGUUCUCAAUCUGGGCGUGUUUCUUCUUCCUCCUGAAUCAGGGGAGAAGAUCUCGCUAUGUAUCUCAGUGUUCUUGUCUUAUGCCGUCAUCCUGACAGAUAUCAACGAAGAUCUACCCCAUUCAUUCGACUCACUUGUUACCUUCAAAGUCUAUCUUCUCACGAUGCUGUUGGUCAAAGUGAUUACUGUUUUGGCCACCGUCGCCAUCUUGAAAAGGUAUCACGCUGAGAUGAGCGCUCAUCAGCUGUCGUCUGCUUCAUCCCAGGAAGGACUUGAUGGUGGAAAUUCAGUGCUUGAUGAUUGUAAAGGAAAGUAUCAUGAAAGGAAGAUGUCAGCAGAUGCUCUGAACAGAGUGUUGUAUCACUACAUUGGUCACAUCCGAACAGCCCCCCAGGGCAGGAGGCAGCGAGUGAAUGAACUUAUAGAGGAACAAGGGAAUGUUGGAGCACACAGCCCCAAACCGCGCAAGUGUCUUGAAAAAGAUCAGACUUGGUGA